AUGGCUGAUGAGAUGAUCAGGACUCAACUCAUGGUUGCUGAGAGGUUGGUGGCUUUACUGGAAAGUGGCACAGAAAAAUUGCUACUGAUUGAUAGCCGUCCCUUUGUGGAAUACAAUACAUCCCACAUCUUGGAUGCUAUCAAUAUCAACUGCUCCAAGCUUAUGAAGCGGAGGCUGCAGCAGGACAAAGUGUUGAUUACAGAACUCAUUCAGCAUUCAGCAAAACACAAGAUUGAGAUUGAUUGCAAGCAGGAGGUGGUGGUAUAUGAUCAAAGUUCCAAGGAUGUUGCCUCUCUCUCAUCUGAAUGCUUUCUUACUGUACUACUGGGCAAGUUGGAGAACAAUUUCAACUCUGUACACCUGCUUUCAGGUGGGUUUGCUGAAUUCUCCGGCUGCUUCCCUGGCCUCUGUGAAGGAAAAUCUGUUCUAGUCCCUACUUGUAUUUCUCAACCUUGCUUACCUGUCUCCAACAUUGGUCCAACCAGAAUCCUGCCUCAUCUUUACCUUGGUUGCCAGCGAGAUGUCCUCAACAAGGAGCUGAUGCAGCAGAAUGCUAUUGGUUAUGUAUUAAAUGCAAGCAAUACCUGUCCAAAGCCUGACUUUAUCCCAGAGUCUCAUUUCUUGAGAGUUCCUGUGAAUGACAGCUUCUGCGAGAAAAUUUUGCCUUGGUUAGACAAAUCAGUUGAUUUUAUUGAGAAAGCAAAAGCCUCAAAUGGGCGAGUUUUAGUGCACUGUUUAGCAGGGAUCUCCCGCUCUGCCACAAUUGCAAUUGCAUACAUCAUGAAGAGAAUGGAUAUGUCCCUUGAUGAAGCCUACAGAUUUGUGAAAGAAAAAAGGGCAACAAUUUCUCCCAACUUCAAUUUCCUGGGCCAGCUUCUGGAUUUUGAGAAGAAGAUUAAGAACCAGACUGGGCAGCCUGGACCAAUUAGCAAGCUGAAACGUUUGCAUUUGGAAAAAAGCAGUGAGCAUGGACUGGUCCCUGAAAGUGGACAGAGCAGUGGCCUCUCCACUAAUCAGCUUGGCACUAACUCUACCUCCGAGCCUGUGGAGCAGAAGCCAAUGGACUCUGGAAGUCUGCCAUGCUCGCACUUGCCAGCAUUAGAGGAUAGCCCGCUGGUACAGGGCAUAAAUGGACUCCAUGUGUCCUCUGACAAGGUAGAAGAUAGCAACAGACUGAAGCGCUCAUUUUCUUUGGAUAUCAAAUCCGUAUCCUACUCAGCAAGCAGCAGCUGUGUGACUGCAUCGGUGCAGGGGUUUGCAGCAUCCGAGGACACUUUAAAGCAGUUGAAUGUUUGUAGUAUUCUAGAUGGCGGCAACAAGCUGUGUCAGUUCUCCCCUGUCCAGGAAGUUUCAGAACAGACGCCAGAGACCAGCCCCGAUAAAGAGGAGGCAAAUCCUCCUGAGAAACCUCAAAACGCCUGGCAGCUGGACAGCCAGAGCAAGCGGCAGCACAUGGGGAGAACCGGCAGCGGCAGCACAAUUCAAAGGUCACUGUUGUACCCGCUGCAUCGGAGUGGGAGCAUGGAAGACAACUACAGAACAAACUUCCUGUUUGGUCUUUCCACCAGUCAGCAACAUGUGGGAAAGUCUGCUGCUGGGCUGGGCCUCAAAGGCUGGCACUCUGACAUUUUAGCUCCUCAGACAUCCACCACAUCCCUUACCAACAGCUGGUAUUUUGCUACGGAAUCCUCACACUUCUACUCUGCUUCUGCAAUCUACGGGAGCAGCGCCACUUACUCUGCUUACAGCUGCAGCCAGUUGCCCACUGGCUGUGACCAGGCCGGCGCUGUGCGCAGGAGGCAGAAGCAGAGUGACAGAGGUGAUUCAAGGCGCAGCUGGCACGAGGAAAGCUCCUUUGAAAAGCAGUUUAAGCGAAGAAGCUGCCAGAUGGAAUUUGGGGAGAGCAUCAUGUCAGAAAACAGAUCCCGAGAGGAACUGGGGAAAGUGGGCAGCCAGUCUAGCUUUUCGGGCAGCAUGGAAAUCAUUGAGGUAUCCUGA